UACUAAAUCGGUAAGAGACGAAGAACAAGCGUGUAGCUGUAAUGAGAGAAAACAGGAGCAUGACUGAAUCCCCAUCUCAAGCGGGAAAAGAAAUGCCGGCGAAAAAACAGAAACUGAGCAGUGAUGAGAACAGUAACCCUGACAUGUCAGGAGACGAGAACGACGAUGCGGUCAGCGUUGAAAGCGGAACCAACGCGGAGCGUCCAGACACUCCCACUAACACAGCCAACGCUCCGGGCAGGAAGAGCUGGGGGAAGGGCAAGUGGAAGUCCAAGAAGUGUAGAUAUUCUUUCAAAUGCGUCAACAGCCUGCGGGAGGACCACGGCCAGCCGCUGUUUGGAGUCCAGUUUAACUGGCACAGUAAGGAGGGAGACCCUCUGGUGUUCGCCACAGUUGGCAGUAACAGGGUCACUCUGUAUGAAUGUCACUCUCAGGGGGAGAUCAGACUUCUGCAGUCCUAUGUUGAUGCAGACGCAGACGAAAACUUCUACACGUGCGCCUGGACCUACGACACAAACACGAGUCACCCCCUGCUGGCCGUGGCUGGGUCUCGCGGCAUCAUCCGGAUAAUCAACCACAUAACGAUGCAGUGCAUCAAGCAUUAUGUAGGUCAUGGGAACGCCAUCAACGAGCUCAAGUUUCAUCCAAGAGAUCCAAAUCUCCUCCUGUCUGUCAGUAAAGAUCACGCCCUCCGUCUGUGGAACAUACAGACGGACACAUUAGUUGCCAUAUUUGGAGGCGUGGAGGGCCACCGAGACGAAGUCCUGAGUGCUGAUUUUGACCUGCUGGGUGAAAAGAUCAUGUCAUGUGGGAUGGACCACUCACUGAAACUCUGGAGAAUCAACUCAGAGCGGAUGCAAAAAGCCAUCCGUGGCUCGUAUGAGUACAACCCCACAAAGACGAACCGGCCUUUUGUAUCACAGAAAAUUCAUUUUCCAGACUUUUCAACACGAGACAUCCAUAGAAACUACGUGGACUGUGUGAGGUGGCUUGGAGAUUUGAUUCUCUCUAAGUCCUGUGAAAACGCCAUUGUGUGUUGGAAGCCUGGAAAGAUGGAGGACGACAUCGACCACAUCAAGCCAAACGAAUCCAACGUCACAAUUCUGGGGCGUUUCGAUUACAGCCAGUGUGACAUUUGGUACAUGCGCUUCUCUAUGGACUUUUGGCAGAAGAUGCUUGCUUUGGGAAACCAGGUGGGAAAACUUUACGUUUGGGACCUAGAAGUGGAAGAUCCACACAAAGCAAAGUGCACCACACUGACGCUUCCCAAAUGCACCUCGGCUAUCCGGCAAACCAGCUUCAGCCGCGACAGCAGCAUCCUGAUCGCCGUGUGCGACGACGCCUCCAUCUGGCGCUGGGACCGUCAGCGCUGAGCCGUCAAGGCAACACACAAAAACCCAUCUGAUGUUUCACAGAAACACUGCAAAAAAAAAAAAAAA